CUUUUUAACCAAUCAGAGUUAGCAGGUGCCCGUGACGUAGCCAAAAUGUGACGUCACAAAAGAGGUCAAAAUGGCAGACAAACGGUAAAAAUAUUGUAGACAGCAAAAUAUUUAAGGUAGAGUAUAAAUUUCUUCAAGAUGACGGACCAGAGACCAGUGGCAACAUCAACUCCACAAGGUAUGGUUUCCACACCAUCCCCAAUAGUUGCCACAGCUAAUAAUAUCCGAUCUCCCGGACCCAUACCACAGGUGCAAGUCAUCCCUCAACAGAUGCAUAGUCCUCCGUACGGUCUACCAAACUUCCCGUACAAUCAACAAUUAAUGUUGCAGAAUGCUGCUGUACAAGUAGCAAUGGCUAUGAAUCAGCAGUUAAACAUGGCCGCAGCAAUGCAGGGGAGACCACCCUCAGUCAGUCCAACAUCUCACACCAUUAUGUCACCAUCAGUGUCAAUGGCACAGGGAGGAUGUAAUGUAGUAGUAUCAAGUGCUGGUUCAAACCAGACGAUGACCCUACCAAAGACAUCUUCUAACGGUAAAACACAGACACAGCAGCAGACAAUGGUUGCCAGUAAACCCACCAUGAUGCCUGCUCAAGCUGUUAGUCCACUAGUCUUUGGCAAUUUUGGUGUUUUACAAGGUCCAGUUUCAACAGGUCAAGCUUAUGUUGGACAGUCCAAAGGUCAAACUGUAACAGUAGCUCACCCUGGUCAGCAGCAGCUUCUAAAUUCCCAGGCACCCUUGCGCCUAAACACACAACCACAGCUAGUCAACGCUGGUCAAAUAAUCACAUCGCAACCCAUGUUGACCAAUCAGGCAGUUUUACAAGCAAUGGCUAAUCUACAGCAACAAGGCAUCCCAUUGGGUGCACACCAACAAUUAUUGACCAGUCAUGGCCAAUCACAAGCUAUUUUAGCUGGACAGUCAUUAUAUAUCCGUGCUGCAGGACCAUUUCAAACACCACAGAACCUGAUGACAACCAACAUGCAGAAUUUUGGUGUCGUGAAAACAAAUAAGGUUAUUGAAGUUCAACAAGCCGCACAAGUCAAACCAAAUACGGUAUUAAAGAAUACAACAAUAGCGCCGCCAGGAAAAGCGUUAUUACCCUCUGUGUCAAAAACUGCUAAGAUCCAACCCACACAGGUCAUAGGUCAAACUUCAGCUCAACUCAACAUCCCUUCCGUUCCCAAAACUAAACAUCGGUCAAAAUCAUCAUCUGCUAAGCCGUCUGUUCCUUCCUCCCCAAAUCUCAAAACUGCUCCAGUUACGGCCAUCACAAAAACAACAUCCAAUCCUUUACAAACUAACGGUAAACAGUCAUCUAAGAGUCAGUCGGAUUCCGAGGUCGAAAUGGGUAAAAAACAGCAACCUGUCGCAGCCACGGUAAAAGAACUGGUGAAACCCACCGAUAACAAAACAGAAGAUAGCGAGAAAGAAGAGAAAUCUGGUGAUGUUUUAUUUAACGAGAAGGAGAAAGAUCUGGUGGAGACGUGUGAUGAGAAAUUACCUCCACCACUAGAGAAGCCGGUAGUUGAAAAACAGAGAGCUAUCGUUAAACCUCAUAUAUUAACGCACGUUAUAGAAGGCUUUGUUAUCCAUGAAGGAUAUGAACCAUUCCCGGUUCAGAGGUCAACUCAGAUGUCAGAAUUUAUUCCACCUAAACCAUGUAGAAAUGAUAAAGAAUCAGAAGAUGAUAUGUCUGAAUCAUUUGAUGAAAAUCCUCCACCGUUACUGGAUGCUCAUGAUGCGCUGGUAGGAAAUCGAGAACCUCCAACCUUGAAAUGUGAGUUUUGCGGUAAAACCGAUUUAGCUUUCAAGUUUCGCUGCUCCAAACGAUUCUGUUCCCGAUCCUGUGCUAAACGCUAUAAUGUUGGCUGCUCCAAGAGAAUGGGUAUUUACCCCACUAACAUGGGAGGACGAUAUAUCAGAAAAAGGAAACAUGUACUUGUUAAAAAAGGUUGGAGACCUGGUCGUGGUGGAAGGCUGACUUAUAAUAUUAUGAGGAUGUUACCGAAUGAUGAGGAGAAUAAAAACAAUAAUACUCCUACACAGGUACCAAUAGAUGAAUUUAGUAGUUCUAACAGUAAUCAGGACAGUAGUUCAUCACCCGCUUCACCAGUUAAUCCACAAGAUAUAGAUAUAGAAAUGGAAGAACCUGUUGAACCAGCUACUACAACUAACCCUGCAAGAUGGACGGUAAUGGAGGUGUGCGAUUUUAUCAACAACUUACAAGGAUGUUCUUCAAUAGCUGAAGAGUUCCGUUCGCAGGAGAUUGACGGACAAGCUCUACUUUUGUUAAAUGAGGAUCAUCUAAUGACGGCCAUGAACAUUAAACUGGGGCCAGCCCUUAAAAUAUGUGCUAAAAUAAACUCUUUAAAAGGGUUCGAAUGAACUUGAAAAGUUAUAAAAACAAAAUUUAAAAUGUGUAAACUAGACUUAUAUUUGAAGUUUUUGUAAUUAGCCAUGUAUUUAUUUAAUACAUGUAAAAGGAUACAAGGUGUUACAGAGAAAGGUUUUCAAGUCAUGGUGUUGGGUGGUGAUCAGCAUCUUCAGAUUGAUCGUGUUAGAAUGGUUUUCAAGUUAUGUCGGGGUGAUCAACAUCUUCACCACAGAGUCCAGGUGUUAGAAUGGUUUUCAGGUUAUAAUGAGGUAGUGAUCACCAGAUAAAGGUCAUCUUCACAGAGGCAAGGUGUUAGAAUGGUUUUCAGGUUAUGAUGGAGUGGUGAUCACCAGAUAAAGGCCAUCUUCACAAAGUCAAGUUGAAAGAAAGGUUUUCAAGUUAUGAUAGGGUGGUGAUCACCAGAUAAAAGUCAUCUUCACAGAGUCAAGUGGUUAGAAUAUAUGUCUGAUGCCUGCGAUAGUCAACUUGGUCAUUGUUAUCAUACCAACGUCGGUAAUGACGACCAAGACAAGCCUUAAAUUCAAUGACUAAUAUCUCGGUUCAAUGUGAAGCAAUUUGAUUGAAAUUUUCAGCGUAUUUUGUUUUCAUUAUCUAUUUUUUCACUAUUAUAGCGAGAACUGUCAGCUCUUUAUCUAAUCUUACCUAAUGCCCCUUUAACGUAGCAUAGAAUUCAAAAGAACUGAUAAAUUGACAGGACUCUUAUUCAUGAAAGCGUGAACUAAAAUAUUUUAAGUAUCCAGCCAUUUCAUUGGUUGAGAAUUUUAAAUCCUCGGACAAAUUUUAUCUCCAGGCCAAUGAAAGGCUAGGAUUUUUUAAAUAUUUUAGUUGUUUAUAUUAAAUGAGACUCAAGAUCUUACUUUUGAAAAGAGGGUUAAAAGAAAAAGUUUGCAUAUUUAGUUGUUAGAUUUUAAUAGCUAUAUACCAAAGCUUCAUUAAAUCAUCAUUCAUUUAUUAUUUAUUGUGUCUAUAGUGUACGAGACAUAGCCAUUGAUUUACAGCAAUCCCUGAUAUUUAGUUUGUUAAUUUCAAUGUAACCUACCUUGAUGGCCAAUCUGAUUAAAACACAGAUCCUAUUUCGUUACGUUUUUUAUAGUUCAAAAUUUCGUUUUACAAGUCUUUACUACACUAGGAUCUGGCAGAGUUGUUAUCAUUGACGUGUUCUGAAUGGUGUGAGGGCCUAGCCAAUGAAACUGUUUGUUACGACGAGCUUUAGGCUUGUUUUGCUGUGGGUAAUCCACUAGUAACAUCAAUGCUGGUUUGUCUGACAUCAUAGGGUCAAAAGCAUCUGACGCGACCUAUCGUUACAACUUGUCAGAUCUUCAUGUAGUGUAGCCCAUAGAAAGUAAAAACUGAAACGAAAUAUAGAUCUGUACUUUAAUUUGAUUGCCUUGAUGGAUAUAUGGGUUUAAAUUUUAUAUUGCAAAAUCUCCCGUCAAAAGGCAAAACCUGGUAACUCACUUUUUUCUUAUUUUGAGAAAACAAAGGAAAACGUAAUGAAUGAAUAUUAAACCCCAGCUCAUCCAUUGAUUUGACUAUUGAGUUACUAGGUUUUGCUGUGGUAUACUAGGCAAAUGAAGGAAGUUGCUAAGUUGUGUCAUGGGUGUAACUGCUUACAAAAUCAAAAGAUUGGAAUAUCUACAUGUAGUACAACAACAGGAAGCACAUACCCUAGUAACUACAAAUUUGGUCCUAAGUCAAUUUUGAUAAAAAAAAAAAGUGAGUUACUAGGUUUUGCCUUUUGACGGGAGUAAUGUCACUUGUAAAUAAUUUAACAAGUUGUGUAUAGAAACAUGUAUAUCUUUCAUCAUUGCGCAGUAACCCAAACCCUGGGAUAUGAAAAAUCUGUGUGAUUUUUUGGGGUAAUGUCUGCAGGACCGGCCUGGACAGCAUCAUUAUGAUUGAUCAAAAAAACAAUAUACAAAUUAUUACCAGUGCAUGUAAAGAUCUCUUGGCAGUUAGAAUUUGAAAGUGAUGGCCUCUCUCUCUCUCUCUCUCUCUCUCUCUCUCUCUCUCUCUGAUGGAGUUUAAUAUCUUAACACAAGAUUCCUGCCUUAUUGAGACUAACACAUGGUAAUUUCAAUGGUUAUAUGUAGAGGAAAGAGAAUUUUGCCAAGGCAUCAGCUAUGCUUCCUGUCAAAGGUUGUUUUACAUCUUGGUAUUUCAACUCUCAUCAAUGUGUAAUUAAAACAAACCUAUUUUAUAAUUGAAAGUAUGUAAUAUAUAAGGUUGUAUUGUUGUUGUUGUAUGUUGUUAUUGAAAAUAUAUCUGGGAUUAAUUUAAAACAAUUACAGCAUGAUUGAAUUAUUUUAAUGAACGGAUUUUAAAGGUCACUUUUCUCCUUUUAUCACAAUCUGUUAAUAUAAAUAGUUUUUUUUAUUAGAAACUUAGAAUUUUUGACAAGCCAAUUCUAUUUAUGUAUUGUAUCUUCUGAAAUUGAUCCUUAUAUUUGACAACCAAGAUCGUUGCCACUGAUCUGUUAUAAAUGCAUGCAUGUAUGG